CCUGAAACUUCCUUGUUUAGCACAUACACAAGCUACUGCUUGGUCCUUUUUUAAGAGUUAACUUCCUCCUCCUUAUUUCAUUCACUUCCUAAGAGCUCUGUCAAGGGAAAGGCACGCAGCUCCAGCUUUAACCAAAACUAACGGGAGAGUCCCGAGUUACUUCAGGUUAGUUAUUCUGUUGAUUUUGAGAAGUAACUGGAUAUACGCAAGUACUACCCUCUGAAAUUUGGGGCGACGCGCGAGCCCAGCGUGCCCUUCUCAGUGACUGACAUCGGUCCUAAAGUUUUUACGGAUUAUGUCCGACAUUCCCAGCAGAUGAGAAAUUGCACACAGAUACAUUGAUCUCUACGCUGAGCUUGCGGAAGUAUUCUGCGAUUACUUUCUGAGCAGUCGUGGUAAUGAAAGCACUAAGGACUCCUAACAUGCAGUAGUUAACAGCAAUCUACAUAUCAACAGUACCUGGAAGACGAGCAGUUUCUGAAAAAACUACUUUGUUAAAGCUGGGACUUCCUUAAAAUCCUGCAAGACUUUUGAAGUGAACCAGAAAAUCAAGGCGAGUCAACAGGCAUGCAGAGUAUCAAGUGCGUGGUUGUUGGAGAUGGUGCUGUGGGGAAGACCUGCCUCUUGAUUUGCUACACAACUAAUGCCUUUCCAAAGGAAUACAUUCCCACUGUGUUUGACAACUACAGUGCCCAGACCACUGUGGAUGGGAGGACUGUUAGUCUUAACCUCUGGGACACAGCUGGCCAAGAAGAAUAUGACAGACUAAGGACAUUAUCUUACCCCCAAACCAAUAUCUUCAUAAUUUGCUUUUCAAUAGCCAGUCCGCCUUCAUACGAGAAUGUGAAGCACAAAUGGUACCCAGAGGUGACCCACCAUUGUCCCAAUGUGCCAAUCAUGUUAGUGGGAACAAAGAAAGACCUGAGAAAUGACCCUGAAACUAUAAAGAAGCUGAAAGAGCAGAACCAGGCACCCAUUUCCAAUCAGCAAGGGUCAGCCCUUGCAAAGCUGAUUCAUGCAGUCAGGUACAUGGAAUGUUCUGCUCUUAACCAAGAUGGAAUUAAGGAUGUUUUCAUAGAAGCAGUGCGGGCAUAUCUCAAUCCCACACCUGAGAAAAAGAAGCCCUCCUGUGUACUUUUAUGAGAGUAGAUCAUUGCAUCAAACAUGAAAGCCAAAAUGUUAUUUACAUUGGUUUCGUUUUAAUUCUUUGCCCUAAUCCCAGUCUGACAAAGCUGUAUUUCAGUCUUUCAGACUUAGCAGUGUUUGACUAUAGCCCAUAUGUGGGACAUUGUUCUUUUGUCCCUGCUGUCUGAUUAAUGGUGUCUACUGUUUCUGUGUGCAUUCAUCUUCAGAAACUCUUAAUAUGAAUUUGCCUUAUUAAAUCCAUUCGUGAAUCUGAUAAUGAAAUGUUAUUUGCCAUCUUGGUUAGCUUUCCUGCCAGACACGCAUUGAUAAAUUCUGAAUUGUCCUUCAGUGCUAUUUGUCUCUGGCAGUUUUAUGCAAGAGACAGUCAGAAUAUUUAAAGCUAUUUUUUAAACCAGUCAUGAUUUCCAAAUUAGACUUUUACACGUGAAAGGGUCAGUGUUGUGGGCACCCCUGCUUUUCUCUUUUCUUUUCGAUUACAGAUUUAGUGACCGUACCCUUAUGCCGUUACACAUGUGAACUAUCAGAUUUCAACAUUCUAAAACAAAAGUUAAUAUUGCAUUUAUUUUUUCCUAAAAUGAAGAUAUUAUAUAACAAGGCACACUGGAGUUUGUUGUAUGUCUGUUUGACCUUGGCCUUACACCCCUUUUAUAGGAGGUGCAUGCUGCCCCAGAAACCUUGCCAAUUAAGAGACCAUUUAUGUCCUUUCCUGUGCUGAAUCCUACUUGAAUAAUUUUACAUGUUAAAUAAGAGUAUGUUCCUGUUACACUUGGUGCUUACUCACUUGUCAUGAAAUAGUUUAUUACUUUGUUUUGAGGUACAGUAUUUGCCCUGCUUUUUAUUAUUCUAUGAUACACAGUCUUCUAAAAUUAUGAAAUAAGGGGAGAAGAAAUUUAUAUCCAUCCAUAUCACUAUCGAAUGGAAAUUAUUGCACCAUUGCAAAAAAGUUUUCAGUUUGUUUGAAGUUCUGCAUAGAUUUCUUUGUUGAUAUUCUGCCUCGUGCCUUAUUUCUGAAAAUAAAAGUUUAAAGAAGUA